AAUAUUGUCAAAUUGCUUAACUUAUCCUAUGAAACUCUUUACGUUUUACUGAAUCUAUUCUCUCUUAAUUACUUUGUAAUGGAUUAAUUCUUUGAGUGUUUACAAUCCAAAGAAAGAAAUAUAUUCUGUGGUUCUAUUCUAUUCUUUCAUUACUUUUUUGUGGUUUAAAUAUUUCUUCAAAACCCAGUCACAUCAUGCAUAGCAAGCGCAACCUAAACCUUUGCUCUAUACUGUCUCUCACUCUCAAGGGCUUCAUCAUUGAAUUUGAACUAAGGAACACCUGCAAUCUCUAUCUAUACAGCAAGAAUCCAAGUCCAGUUAUCUCUUCCAUAUGGUAAUUAUGAAGAUUGGGGAAUUUACAUUCAAGACUAUCUAUUAGCUCAAGAUCUUCGGGGCAUCCUUGAAUCUGGGACAAAUAUUGGAUUUGGUUUCUUCUUCAGACAAUGUCGGAAAUUGGAGGAAAAAGAAUGAUGCAGUUCUACAUGUGAUUCAUACUAGAUCGUCGGCAGAAAUUUUUGUUCAAAUAAAGAAAUCAGUUCGGCAAAAGUUGUUUAGAAUAAAUUAGCCAAAAUGCAUGAAGAGGGGCAAUCUAAAUCAAAACCAGAAACUGGCGUGGGAGGAUCGGAUGGGAAAAAAAAUGAGAUAAUUGAAAUGACUUAUCAUGAGAGAUUGGAUAGAGGGGAAGAAUAUGAGAUGACUGAAGAAUCUCGCCUUGUGGAAUUGAGAAGGAGCAUUUGCAACGGAGAUUGGAAUGCUGUUGAGCAGUUCUUUGUUUUUGACAAGCAUCCACUAGAUACAAUAAUAUUAUCAGACGAAGGCUACACUGCUUUUCAUGUUGCAAUACUUGCCGGGAAAUAUGAGAUUGCCGAGAAUUUGAUAACGAUGAUGUCGGAAACAGAUCUGGAAAAAAGUACUGAGUGGCGCAGUGGUGGUCACACGGCUCUUACCUUAGUUGCAACGACGGGAAGAACACACAUGGCAAGAUGCAUAGUCGAAAAGAGCAGCAAAUUACUUGCAAUUGAAAAUGAUCGAGGCUAUCUCCCAGUAACUGCCGCAUGUGCUGUGGGCCACAAGGAGAUGACAUACUACCUUUAUUCUGUCACCCAACCCAAAAUCUUGCUAUCAGAAAAUGACAAAUAUGGAUUCGAUCUCAUAAGGGCGGGCAUGCAUAACAAAAUUUUCGAUAUUUGCUUGGAUCUACUUAAGCGCAACCCAAAGUUGGCCGUAAACGAAUUGGGGAGAUUUGAAUUUGGAUUUGGAUCUAUUUUUAUGAUGUCACGUCAUCCCAAUGCAUUCUUUAGUGGAUGCAGGCUUCGGUUUUGGCAAAUAUGGAUUUACGAUCGAUUAAAGGUGAAGCUACCCACAACUUCCUCUGGUGAACUGCGAAUUCCUAUUACGACUACAACUUCAGAGAAAAAAACAUCGAAAUACAAGAGAUUUAUUCUUGGAGUAUUUGAUCGACAUGUUAGAUUGAGUUUAGUGCUCCAAAAUUUCUCUGGAAUCAAACAAAUUUAUGAUUUGAAGUUGAUGCAUCUCUAUAGUCUUGAGAUUCUUCAAUGUAUGUGUAACUAUAUUUCAACAUUAAAAGUUCAAUCUCUGCGGAAUUGUGGAGUGGUUGAGGCGAUGUUUGGAGCUACCAAGCAGGGCAUUGUUGAAUUCGUCGUUGAGCUAUUGAAAAUAACCCAACCACUCAUUUUCACUGACAUUGAUGACAGACACGUUUUCAUGAUAGCAAUCCAAUCUCGUCAAGAAAACAUUUUCAGCCUCCUAUAUGGCAUUAAUGAGGGAUGGAAAGCCCAUAUUCUGAAUCAGAUAGACAUAAAAGGGAAUAAUAUGUUACAUGUGGCAGGGGAGAUAGCUCCUCCCCCUCAACUUGUCCGAAUCUCCAGCCCUGCAUUGCAUAUGCAAAGAGAAGUACAAUGGUUUAAGGAGGUGGAAAGAAUUGUUCCAGAAUGGUGCAAAAAAUCUAAAAAUGAUAAUGGUGAAACCCCUUAUGAAGUAUUUUCAAAGAGGCAUAAAGAGUUAGUGAACGAGGGGGAAAAAUGGAUGAGGGACAUGGCAAAUUCUUUUAUUGUCGUCGGUACUCUCAUUAUUACGAUCACGUUCGCUGCAGCCUUUACUGUUCCAGGCGGCAACGCUCAAGAUGGGUUUCCCAAUUUUUUACAGAAAAGAUCAUUUAUGAUAUUUAUAAUAUCUGAUGCGAUUUCCUUCUUUACUGCAUCAGCUUCAGUCUUAAUGUUUAUGGGAAUCCUAGCAUCGCGCUUCGACCCGGUAGAUUUUCUCCAGUCCUUACCCAAGAAGUUGAUCAUUUUCCUCUCCACCAUUCUUAUUUCUAUUGCAGCAAUGAUGGUUAGCUUUUCUGCUGCUCUUUGGAUUAUACUACAACAUCGACCGUGGGCAAUCAUUCCCAUACUUAUAAUGGCUAGCAUUCCAGUUACAUUUUUUGUAUUGUUGCAGUUUCCCCUCCUUGUUGAAAUUUAUUCUUUGACAUAUACUACGGGAAUAUCUUUUAACAGAAAAAUGAAGCCUUGGCUGUAGUGGAGAUCAAGUUGAUUGAUUUUUCUGGAGCAUAAGCGAGCAGUUUCCCCUUCAAGUUGAAAUCCUUUAGCUUGUUCUUUGGUUAUGU